AUGAAGCCCCGUCUUACUCAAAAAUCGUUACAAAAACGCACACUACAUAAUCUAUCUACUAUUAGUAUUAGGGGGCUUCAUACUAAUGGUAGAUUACAAAAAUCUACACUAGGUAAUACAUCUACUAGUGAAGAUGCGCUACUUAAAAGGGUAUUCAACAAGCAAUAUCCUAUAGUACUCAAAGCUAAGGGUAACUAUAUAUAUUUAGAUGAUGGGCGUAAAAUUUUUGAUGCUAGUGGAGGUGCGGCAGUCUCCUGUUUAGGGCAUAGCCAGCCUAAAUUAAUCAAGGCUCUAACAAAACAAAGUAAACUCGCUAUAUAUACUAGUCCGGCAAGUUUUAUAAAUGAGGCGAGUGUUUUAUUAUGUACUAAACUUGUACUUAGUACCGAUGGUUUAAUGCAUAAGUGUGAAUUAGUGGAAUCAGGUUCUACUGGUAUAGAGUCAGGACUUAGAAAAACUCUUAGCUAUCAGGUAAAUUCAGGUAGACCAUCUAGAACUCAAUUUAUUUCUAGAAAAUCUUCAUACCAUGGUAUAACCCAGGGUGCUUUAAGUGUCUCAGGUAAUUUAGCAAGGAGGCUUCCUUACCUUAGUGCUUUGCAAAGUAGUAAUGGCCACCUUGUUUCUGAUUGCUACGAAUACCGAGGUAGACUACUGAAUGAAUCUAUCCCUAUGUAUGUCGCGAGAUUAAAACAAGAAUUAAGAGCCAAAAUAAUAGAAGUAGGGGUAGAUAAAGUGGCAGGCUUUAUAAUAGAAACAGUAGUCGGAGCCUCGGGUGGUUGUUUGGUACCUGUACCUGGUUAUUUAAAAGCUAUGCAAGAAGUAUGCGAAGAAUUUUACAUUAUAUUGAUAAAGGAUGAAGUAAUGAGCGGUAUGGGUAGAACAGGUAAAAUACAUGCUUGACAGCAUGAAAUGGUUUGUCCCGAUAUUUCUAUAUCGGCUAAAGGAUUAGGUGCUGGCCACGCGAGUAUUGGUGCGGUUAUGAUUAACAAGAAAGUUUACGAUAAGUUACUAAUACAAGGUUCUAUGCAAGGAUCUCAAACAUUCCACGGAUUAGCUAAUAGCUCUGCUGUAGGAGUAGCUGUUUUAAAUACGUUUGAAAGCCUUGAUUUAAUGGAUAAAGUUCAAAGAAACGGUAUAUAUCUUAAAAAGGCUUUAAUGUCUAAGUUAGGUAGCCACCCUAAUGUGGGUAAUAUAAACGGUAUCGGGCACUUUUAUGGUAUAGAUUUGGUUAAAAACCGCUUAAGCAAAGAACCCUUUAGCCGGGAUCUUAAAGUAAGUGAAGGUCUAGUUAAUUUAAGUCUUUCUAAAUAUAAUAUGCAAAUAUACGGUGGUUCUGGUUUUGUUGACGGUAUAAGAGGAGACCAUAUAAUGAUUGCUCCUUCCUUUCUAUGUAGCAAAAAAGACUUAAAUCAUAUAGUCGAUACUUUAACGCGUUUGAUUAAUGAAUACUUUAAAGACAAAUAA